AUGGAACGCGGCGGAGGUGGGGAGGAGAGGAGCGACCGCCUACGCCAGUCCUACGCCCACACGCAACAAGAGCCAUGGCAAGGCGAAACCGCCGACGCUGGACUGAAGAGGAGUCGCCGAUACUCGGGCCGGGAUGGAGCUGUCUUUGUCAGCGUCUCAUCUCGGAGCCACGGUCUGUGGCCUUUUGAGGCUGGGGCGCCGCCGCACCGCUCUGACAGACAGCGAAAGCGCUACAUUCACGUCGGCCACAAAAUUUCUCAGAUCACAGACUUUGUCUUGUUCCUGUUCCACCGACCGCAUAUAUACCCCGAGCGCUACGCCCCUGUCCCCCGGUCCUUUCUUCCACCCUCCUCCACCCACCACCAUCCCACCACACCCCACACCGCCUAA